AAGCGCUGAGAGUGUGUUGUUCUUUUCUCAGGCCCGGUGGUGGGCCAGCGUCCGGAUCACCACCCCUCCUCCACCUCCCCCAUGAUCUCCGCUGCAGCCUCAGCAGCAGGACCCCCACUGGUGGCCUCACCGUACCCCCAGUCCUACCUGCAGUACGGUCAGAUGAUCCAGACCCUGCCCCCCCAUUUCCACGGACAGCCAGUUUACUCGAUGCUUCCGGGGGGAGCAAGGAUGCUGACAUCAGGGGCUCCCCCUCAGCAGAUGGGGCCUCCUGGGGGCCAGUACCCCGGCCAGGCUGAGAGCCUGCAGGGGCAACAGCAGGCCAUGUAUGCUCAGUCGUUCUCUCACCACUCGGGCGCCAUGCAUCACCCUCAGCCCUCCAGCACCCCCACUGGGAACCAGCCCCCGCCCCAGCACUCAGCCCCCAGUCCAGGACACAAUCAGUCGAGUCAGGCUGGCCCUCAGCCUCAGAACAUGUUCCACACUGGAGGUCUGUCGGCCUCCACCCCUCCUAACAUGCAGCCGGGCCACAGCUCCCCCCAGGCCUCCUACGCCAUGCAAGGCUACAGCCUACCCACCCACCAGGCUCUGCCCCACGGCUUCCCCUCCAUCAGCCAGCUCACACAGGCUCAUGUAGCAGGAGGCAUGGCGGGCCCCCACCACUCUGCUGGCCACGGCCUGCCGCCCGUCAUGCUGCACUACGUCUCCCCUCAGCAGGGCGGGGGCUCCAACCCCCAGCACGGCCCCCAGCAGGGGGCCCCACAGCACUUCUACAUCGGACACCCCCAAGCUGUCCAGGUGCAGGCUCACCCCUCCCAGCAGCUGUCCUUCCACCCCUCUGCAAACUGAAGCCCUCCCUCACCGCUGGAUUCAGGAGGAAGAAGAAACCCCCCCCACCCCA